AUGUUCUCGAAUGAGAAGAUAAAAAUAAUGCCUCUUGGGGCAGGAAACGAGGUUGGGAGGUCGUGUGUUAUUGUUGAAUGUGGUGGGAGGACUAUAAUGCUGGACUGUGGGGUUCAUCCUGCAUACACUGGGGUGGCCUCUCUCCCCUUUCUGGAUCUUGUGGACCUUUCUAAGAUUGAUGCCAUAUUUAUUACACACUUCCACCUGGAUCAUGCUGCUGCCUUACCGUUUCUAACGGAGAAGACAAGCUUCAAGGGAAAGGUCUACAUGACACACCCUACAAAAGCCAUUCUUAAAUGGCUCCUGAACGACUAUAUCAGGCUAAUUAAUGCAGCGUCGGAUGCAGAUUUUUACACAGAAAGUGAUUUGAUCAAGUGUUACGACAGGAUCAUACCGAUUGAUUACCACCAAGAAGUUAAUGUGAAAGGAAUUAAAGUCAAAGCACUGAAUGCAGGGCAUGUACUAGGGGCAGCCAUGUUUUUGAUUGAAAUAGAGAAAAGCAAAGUUCUUUACACGGGGGAUUUCAGUAGAGAGGAGGAUAGGCAUCUUAAGGCAGCCGAGUCACCUGGAUGCAAAAUAGAUGGAUUAAUAACAGAGUCUACAUACGGUGUGCAGUGCCACCUCCCAAGGGCUGAAAGAGAAGGGAGGUUUACAAGUAUUGUCCAGAAUGUUGUUCAAAGGGGUGGUAGAUGCCUACUUCCUGUGUUUGCUCUUGGAAGGGCACAAGAACUACUUCUCAUUCUUGAAGAGCACUGGAAUUCGAAUACUUCGUUACAGAAGAUUCCCAUAUAUUAUGCAUCUGCACUAGCAAAGAGAUGUAUGGGGGUGUAUCAAACAUACAUAGGGAUGAUGAACGAGAGAAUCCAAAAGUUGAGCCUUGUCCGAAAUCCUUUUGCGUUCAAGUAUGUCAAGAAUCUGAAGGGGAUAGAUUCGUUUGAUGAUGAGGGGCCGUGUGUAAUAAUGGCCAGUCCCGGGAUGCUCCAGAGUGGGCUCUCAAGAGAUCUUUUUGAGCGGUGGUGUUCUGACAGCAAAAAUGCAGUGAUAAUACCUGGGUAUUGUGUAGAUGGAACACUUGCAAAGGAGAUACUUAGUGAGCCUAAGGAGAUAGAAGCAUUGAAUGGAAAGAAGCUUCGGCUUAACAUGUCUGUAGAAUAUAUUUCGUUUAGUGCACAUGUGGAUUUCACACAGAACAGUCAGUUUAUUGAGGAGUGCCAACCCAAGCAUCUUUUCUUUGUGCAUGGCGAGAUGAAUGAGAUGCAGAGGCUUAGGAAUGUUAUUCAACAAAGAAAUGAGAAGAAGGGGAUUGAGAUGAUACUUUAUACUCUUCGAAACGGGGAGGAGGCUGAGUUUGACCUAGUUAAGGACAACGAAGCAAAGAUAUUUACUAAUGUUGAAGGAGAGUUUGAAGGGAUUAUUGUAGGAACAGAGGACGACAUCAGGAUAUACAAGAGAGAUGAAUUAAUAGAGUCUAAAUACAAGGAGAUGAAUAUAUAUGAGAGACAAAGGAUUCCGUAUAACUCUACGGCUGUUCUAUUGAAGCAAGUUCUCAUGGAUGGGUUUUCAGAGCUUGUUGAGGUUGAGUCUGGGUUUAUGAUAGGAAAUGUCCAUGUUAAGUUAGAUGGACAGGAGGUUGUGCUUGAAUGGAAAAGUAGUUAUGCAGAUGAUGUUUUGGCGAUAUCUAUAAGUAAGAUGAUAUCUGGGAUUGGACUGAAAACGAAGAGUGUUAAGCUGAGCAAGAUGGGAAAGGAGGAGCUUUUGAUUAGUGUUUUGAAGAAUUAUUUUGUGAUUGAGAAGGAUGGAGAUAUUGUGAAGGUCAAGAAUGGGAGCAAGGAGGCAUAUAUCAGUAGGGAUGGAGUAACUGGAGAUUCUUCUGUAGUUGAUAAGAUAGAUGAAUGCAUGCGAAAGAUAAAGGUGAUAUAUUCAGAAGUUUAG